AUGUCUUUCUCUGCUGCUGAACUUCAAAAGCGACACGGGCUCGAAGGUGCCCCUGAUCCUUUCCCAUCGCUCAGUGGUUCGACUGCUCCUGCUCCACCUGCUGCUAAAAGUUUCAACAACAACAAUGACAAUGGUCCUUCCACUUCGGUUGAUACUUCAUCUGAGGAUGCUUUCCCUUCACUCGGCGCUUCCGCAGCUCCGGCUACCAACAUCACCAAACCUGCCAUCUCCGCUUGGGCUUCCAAACCAUCUGCUGUGAAAGCUACCGGUGGAAAGGUUAAACCCAACACUUCAGGUGGCUUAGGUCGAGCCGGUACACCCACUGCUGCGUCUCACCCAUUCAGUGAUAGUUUCUCAAUCCCCGCUGCGGACUUGACUCAAGGUAAAACUGCUCAAGAGACAAUCCAAAAGGUUAGAGAACAAACUGGUGUCAUUGUCGAAUCUUCCACUCAAAUGCGAACCGGUCUCAAGACUUUCUUAAUCAGAGGUCCGGAUCAGAAGAAAUUGAUUAUCGCUAGAAGAUUGAUUGAAAGAGGUUUGAGUAAACCCGUCACCAUCUCAGUUGAAGUCCCUAUCACUACUCUGGGAACGAUCAUCGGUCCAAAAGGUUCGACACUCAAAUCGAUUACCGAAUCCACUCAGACUAGAAUCGAUGUCCCCAAAAGAGAGAAUCUUCCUGCUUAUGAUCCUAAGGAAUCUAAUGAGAAAGACCAAGAUGCCGAUGAAGAUGAUGAAGAGGAUGAUGAACCCCUGGUUUCCAUCUCUGUCACCGGUCCUUCAGCCUCUUGUAAUGACGCCAAGAACAAGAUUUUAUCUUUGAUCUCUUUCAAGACUUCUCAAACUUCCACUUCUAUCAAGACGAUCCCUUCCUCUUACUACCCUUUCAUUGCUGGACCUAAAGGGGUCAAAGCCAAGCAAUUGGAAGAAGAGUUGGGUCAAGGUGAGGUCAAGAUUCACGUACCUCCACCAGCCGUAUGGAAAGCUUUGGAAAAACAAUCUCAAGGUGAAACGGACGACACCGAUGUCAUUCCCAAGGAUAGAGAUUUAUCAAUCAAGGUUAAAGGUGAAAAGGAAAAAGUCAAGUUGGUCGUUCAAGAAAUCUUAAAACGGUAUGAAGAAUUGAAUGAUUCACUUAGAGAAUUAAAGAUUUCAAUUCCAAAGAGACAACAUAGGUUCUUGGUCGGUUCUUCCGCGGAUGAGAUUUUAGAUCAAACUUCUUGUAUCGUUGAAUUACCACCUGUCGAUGAUCCCUCGGAUCAAUGUGUGAUCAGAGGUCCUCAACCUUCUCUGAUUCCCGCUCUCACACUGGUCAUGGACAAGGCCAACGCCAUCUCAGUAGAGAUGGUAGAUGUAGUCACCCUUCAUCGACCUAACACUUCGGACCCAUUAGCUCACGCCAAGAAGGUGCUACGAUACCUCAUCAGAACAUCUAAAUUGAGAUCUAUAGCCGAUUCACACUCUGGAGUCAAGAUCUUCCCACCAUUCGCUUCGGCCGUGGCCAAUACAGGAUCAGUGGUGAUUGAAAUUGUAGGAGAAAACAAAUCGGAAGUAUCUAAAGUGAAAGAUGAAGUAGCUUCAUUGGUCAAAUCGAUCUUACCUGCUGGAACCACCACGGUCGAAAUUGAUCAUUUGAUCCACUCUUUGUUGAUUGGUAAGAAAGGAUCGAAGAUUAAUCAAUUUGAACAAUCACAUAAUGUUACGACUGUCUUCCCACCUGCUCAAGAAGAAUCUUCUGAAGUGACCCUGAUUUACACCGGUCCUUUAGAUAGUCUGCCAACAGAAAAGAAAGCUAGAGACGCCAAGUUGAAAGAGAUCCUUGCUGGAGCUUCCAAGGCUAUUGAAGAGUUAGCCAAGGACGCAGCGGACAUCAAGACUGAGACGUUGAAUAUCGAAAAGAAAUGGCAUAGAUUCAUCAUUGGAUCAGGAGGUACAGUCUUAAACGCUUUGAUAGGUGAAGAUCAACUUGUAAACGUCAAAGUUGGCUCGUCAGCUACCAAUGGUAAACCCACACAAAACAAGGGUGUAGAUGAAGAUUCAGUGGUUGUUAGAGGACCAUCAACCGAGGUUGAUAGGGUCGUAGGACAGAUCAAACAGAUUGUAGAAGAUGCCAAGAACGAUGAUAUCGUUAAUGGCUUUACGAUCGAAUUCAACGUUUUGAAAACUUACGUUCCUCAUUUGGUUGGUACUUCCGGUGCGACUAUCAAUAAGCUCAGAGAGACAUUGGGAGUUAAAGUUAACUUCGAUGAUGAUGAGUCGGCUGGGGCUGCUGGGAAGAAAGGUGGUAAGAAACCUGUUGUCCAUUGUAAGAUUGUCGGCCGAAAAGAAGCUGUAGAAGAAGCUAAGAAACGACUUGAUCUUCAAAUUGAGAAACUCGAAGAUGAAACUACCGAGGUUUUGCAUAUCAAACGUUCUAUCCAACCUGCGUUGAUAGGUCAAGGUGGAAAAUACGCCAUAAGGUUAGAAGAGAAAUACGGUGUUAAACUUUCUUUCCCUCGAGAUUCUAAAGAAAAUCAAAAACCUGAUGAAGUCAUCAUUCGAGGUGGUAAAAAGGGAGUUGCAGCUGCUAAAGCCGAACUUCUGGAGGCAGCAGAGUACGAGAGUGAAUCAAGACAAGAGAUCCAAUUCAAGAUUCCGACCAAAGCCAUUGCUCAAGUGGUAGGGAAAGGUGGAGUUACAAUCAAUAAGAUCAAGGAUGAGUCCAAUGCUCAGAUCGAUAUUGAGAAAACACCCGAUGAAAAAGAUGCCACCAAGACUACUGUUACGGUCAAAGGUGAUAAGAAGGCUAUCGAGGUUGCGAAGAAGGCGAUUUUGGGUUUGAUAGAGGAAUUAGGGGAUGAGGUGGAAGAUGAGUUGAAGGUCGAUAGUAAAUAUCACCGAACUCUCAUUGGGCAAGGUGGUCAACGACUCCGAGAGACCAUCGCAGCUGCUGGUGGACCUGCCGAGGGAUUCAAGCAAUCCGGUCUUGUCACCUUCCCCAAAUCCGGUGAUGCCAACCCUGACGUGGUCCGUUUCCGAGGUGAUAGCAAGAUCGUCAAGAAAAUCAAAGCUGAAUUGGAGAAGCAAGUUUCAGUCCUGAAGGAAACCAUCAUCAUUGGUGUUGUCGUCCCUCAAUCUCAACAUGCUUCGAAGAUCGGUAGAGGUGGUUCGGCUUUGCAAGAUCUACAAAGGAAGACCGGUGCUACCGUUCACUUCCCCGGAUCAAGACAAUAUGCAUCCGUUGGCGAGAUUGAAAAUGCCUCUGACCUUGGUGAUGCUCCCGAGGGUGAUAUUGUGAAAGUGAUCGGUACCAAGGAAGUCGUAGCCAAAGCUGCUGAGCUCUUACAAGUGUCAAAUGAGAGACCUGCACGAACCGAUUCAAGACAGGGUCGAUCUACUCCCUCGAAUGAUUACCCCUCUAGGACAAUCUCGAUCCCUACCAAGUACUACCAUGCUAUCGCCGAUCAACAAAACUUGAUCAGGCAAAUUAGGAAUGUCGGAGCGUUCAUCACUAUCCCUACUGCUCCUCCUAAACCUGCCGCUCCUUCCAAGACCUCUGCUUCCAAUACCAAUGGGAAUGGCUUAGCUGCUAAGACAGCCAGGAUCGACUUGUCUGGUGGAGACGAGGAUGAUCCGGUAGAUGUUGAAGGUGAUUUCGAACUGGUUGAGAAUUAUCAGAAUUACCCUGAGGGUGAACAAGAUUGGUCGGUCAGGGCUAAGGAGGAGCAGGAUCUUGAUAGAGCCGUGGAAGUCUUGGAGGGCGCUUUGGAAAAGGCUAAGGCUGCUACUCAUGUCGGUCUCUUGACUGGUUUACCUCGAUCUGCAUUCCCUAGAAUCAUCGGAUCAAAGGGAUCAACUAUCUCUAGGAUCAGAGUUGAAACUGGUGCCGAUGUCCAGGUUUCAAAGGAUGAUGAUUUGAUUACUAUCAUAGGUGACGAAACUUCAGUGUUACAAGCUAAAGAUAGCAUCUUGUCGAUUGUCUCCAGACCUGGUAGAGGUGAUAGGUAUUAG